UGCUCUUAGUCACAAACACAACAAACAAUCUCUCUUCUUCAGACAUGCAAAGCUUUGAUUUUACUAUUGCUUUCCUCGUAAUUGCAUUUGCAGGCCAUUCAUCAUUUGGCUGCAUUGAAGAAGAGAGACAAGCACUUCUCAGUAUCAAAGAAAGCUUCAGAGAUCCAUCAUCAAGGCUUUCCUCUUGGAAAGGAAGUGAUUGUUGCCAAUGGAAAGGUGUAGGUUGCAGCAAUAUUUCAGGACAUGUUGUGGAGCUUGAUCUUAGGAACCCUUGUUCUCCACCGUUGUAUCAAAGAUAUCCUCCACAAAAUUGUCCCUUUUAUGAAAACGUGCUUGAAGCUCAACAUCUUCAUCCUUCAAUAUUUCACCUUAAAUAUCUCACCCUUUUAGACUUGAGUGGAAACAGAUUUUCUAAUACCUCCAUCCCAAUCUUCAUUCAAUCUUUGGAGCAUCUUCAAACCCUUUCUCUUGCUGACUCUCUAUUUUCUGGGAGGAUCCCACAUGUUCUUGGGAACCUCACAAAAUUGAACUAUCUUGAUCUCAGUCUCAAUUUUCUUCUCUAUGUCGAUGACUCUCACUGGAUUUCCAAACUUUCGUCACUCCAGUAUCUUUACCUGAGUCAGGUGAAUCUUGGUAAGGCACAAAAUUUGUUGCAGGUGCUCAGCAUGCUUCCUUCUUUGUCCGAAAUAGAGUUGGCGAAGUGCAGACUGAAUGAGUUGUUCCCUCAUCAACUCGUUAUUAGAGCCACAAAUUUUUCCAGAGCACAGGUCUUAAAUCUUGCUGAAAAUGAACUUGAAGAUCAUAUGCUGGAUGUUUUUCAGAACCUGACUUCUGUUACAUACAUGGACCUUUCUGACAACUACUUAACCUCCACUCCAUUAUGGUUGAGUAGCUGUACCAAACUUAGCACGCUGUUGCUUAAAAAUAAUGCUUUCAAUGGCUCAUUUCCUCCUUUGCAAGAUAUGAGCUCUUUGACCGAGCUUCAUCUUUCAGAUAACAAUUUUGAUUCUGUUCCAUCGUGGUUAGCCAGGUUGAAGGGUCUUAAAGUCCUGAAUCUUCAACGAAAUAAUCUAAGUCAUAUUCAGGGAUCUCUAGCAUCUAUUCUUGGAAACUGUUGUGACCUGAAGGAAUUGUACAUGUCAGGCAACAAGAUUCAAGGAGAUGCACUUGGAGACAGUAUACCAUCCGGAUGCAUCAGCUAUGACUUAGAGCGAUUGUAUAUGAAGAACAAUGAACUUGAUCGUUUCCCAGAAUGGUUGAGUCUGUUUGUGAACCUACAAUAUCUUGAUCUUUCUGAAAACAACAUCAUUGGUUCGAUUCCUCGUGAUAUUGGUCAACUCAAAAAGUUGGUAACACUUUAUAUUCAAAGCAAUAGGUUAAGUGGAAACAUUCCAUAUAGUCUUGGUCAACUUCAAAACCUACGAAACUUAGACGUCAACCAAAAUUAUCUAGAGGGUGUGAUUGCUGACAUAAGAUUGCCUAAGAGCCUUGUUUACUUGAACCUCACCAAUAACCAUAUAACUGGGUCACUUCCCCAAGAUAUUGAUCAUAGGUUGCCAAAUCUUACUCACUUGCUUCUUGGAAACAACCUUAUAAGUGGUUCCAUUCCUAACUCACUCUGCAAACUAGAUUUGUACCACCUUGAGCUUUCAGAAAACAUGCUAUCAGGUCAAAUUCCUAACUGUUGGACUGCUAGUCAAAAACAAUUCACUGCUAUGAAUUUGGCAUCCAACAUAUUAUCAGGUGUUAUUCCAAGCUCUUUUGGUAACCUACUCGGGUUGAAAUGGUUUCACUUGAACAAUAACACUCUUCAUGGGAGUUUUCCGUCAUCUUUGAGAAAUUUGAAGAAUCUUUUAAUAUUAGAUAUAGGAGAGAAUCUUAUGUCUGGGAUCUUGCCUUCAUGGAUUGGAAACACUUUCUCCUCCUUGCAGAUUCUUAUACUAAGACAAAACAAGUUUAGUGGAACAAUUCCUUCAGAACUAUGCCAACUUUCUGCACUACAAAUCAUGGACCUCUCGAACAACAACUUGACGGGCUCGAUCCCUCACUGUGUUGGAAAUCUCACAGGAAUGAUUUUAGGAAAGAAUUCUGUCACCCAAUCGAGUAAGAACUUGACAGAGAAGUUGAAGGUUGAAAAUAAUGAAUGGUAUGAACAAGAGGUGAGACAGGUUGUGAAAGGAAGAGAACUUCAGUAUACCAAAAUUGUAAAACUGUUGUUCAACAUGGACUUGUCAAACAACAAUUUGAGUGGAUCAAUUCCUGAAGGAAUAACAUUGCUUUCUGCGUUACAUGGCCUAAAUCUAUCACACAAUCAUCUUUCAGGACAAAUCCCCAAAAGAAUAGGGGACAUGAAAUCUCUAGAAUCUCUUGACCUUUCUCAUGACCAGCUUUCAGGAACAAUUUCAGAUAGCAUAUCUCGUUUAACUUCGCUGAGCCACUUAAAUAUGUCCUACAACAACCUCUCGGGACCGAUUCCCAAAGGAACUCAAUUGUCAACCCUAGAUGAUGAUUUUAUUUAUGCUGGCAACCCUUUUCUCUGUGGAGCUCCAUUGCCAAAUGAGUGUUUUGUUGAUGAUUCCCAACAUGACCAUGAAGAUGAAGAUGACAAUGAGGAUAAACUGGAGGAAAUCUGGUUUUACUUUGUCAUAGCAAUUGGCUAUGCUAUUGGAUUUUUGGCUGUCAUUGCAAGCUUAUUCAUGAGUACCAGUUUGAGACAUGCACACAGCCAAUGCAUUGAUGAGAUGCUGAGAAUAAUAAAGUCCUUAUAGUGCAGUUGGCAAGGUUUGAGAUAAAUAU